AUGGUGAACAUCAACAACAACAACAACAACAACAAUAAAGCGGUGAAACCCAAGAUUGUAGCCACUCGUAAGUGGUUUGAUCUCGCUGGUUACCUUGGCUUGCUAGCCUUCUCUCACUCCAUUGUCCUCUACUUGGCUACGUCUAUUCGGCUGUAUAGAGGGCAUGUGUUCAAUCCCAUGAGGCUCUGGUUCGAUGAGGGAUUCACUAUUCUUCUAGAUGAUGUCAAAGAGAACUUCUUGGAGGCGGCCGUUUGGUACUUUGCCUUUAUAGCCUUCGAGAUGUUCCUCGGUGUAGUCUUACCAGGAGUCGUUGUCAAGGGGUUGCCUCUUGCCAAUGGAGACCGUCUGGUGUACAAUUGCAACGCCCUUGCAGCAUGGUAUGUUACGCUCAUCACAUUAGCUGCUCUUCACCUCACCAGCAUCUGGUCUAUCACCCGUCUGACGGACUAUUACUAUUCGUUGGUCCUGCUCACUAUGUUAGCUGCUGAUAUCACAUCUGUUUACAUGUGGUUCACGGGUUGGAUGGCCGGCUUGUCGAGCGGUGAAGGUCAGGUGGCUGAUUUCAUCAUGGGUACCUGGUUGAACCCAAGGCUAUUCGGUGGGAGACUUGACCUUAAGAUGUUCUUUGAGGUUCGUGUGUCAUGGAUGUUACUAUUCAUCCUUACCCUUGCAUGCAGCAUUAAGAGCGGUUUCAGUGGUGGUAUGUUCAUCAUUCUAACCGCACAUUUCCUCUACGCCAAUUCAUGCAUUAAGGGCGAGGAAUGCAUCCCCACUACCUGGGAUAUUUUCAAAGAAAAAUGGGGAUGGAUGCUGAUUUACUGGAACCUCUGUGGGGUUCCAUUCGUAUACUGUUUUUCGAGCUGGUUCAUCUGGAAGAAUCCCCAGUAUGCGUUACAGCCUUGGCAGACCGGUGCUCUUCUUGGUCUCCUUUUCUGCUCCUAUUAUAUUUUCGAUACGGCGAACGCCCAGAAGAGUCAUUUUCGUAACCCUAACUUGCCGACUCGGACAGCGGCCAUCCCACAGUUCGAAUACGGCCAUUUGGAUCACCCAAGAAUUCUCAAAACUCAUUGUGGCACAGAUCUUCUAAUGGAUGGAUGGUAUAGGUAUGCAAGGAAGGUUCAUUACGCUGCUGACUGGACCAUGGCCGGUGUCUGGGCUUUGUCCUGUGGUACAGUCUCUUGCCUAUUGCCGUUCAUUCACUGGAUGUUCUUCACUUGUAUGAUUUUUCAAAGAUAUUUGAGGGACGAUGCACGUUGCCGUCAGAAGUAUGGUAAAGACUGGCAGCGCUACUGCCAGUUAGUUCCAUAUGUCUUCAUUCCAGGACUCUUCUAGCUACGGGCAACGCGUUGAACCAUCACUACUGCAAAUCGGUGGUUUACUCGACUGCCAGCUAAGGAUCGAUGUCGACUUGAGAUUCAUUGAUAAUGCUGAUCGAGACCGAGCAAGCUCUCAUCAUG